AUGUCUUCACGGUCGCCUUGGCUGGUUCCUUCCUGGCGAAAUAUCAAGAGCUUGCGCCGACCAUGUCAUUCAAGGGGACCUUCAGAGUCUCGCCGUUCUUUUGUAGGUGUAUCGGAGGCUACGAAGCUUCAGAAACCUAAAACCAAACUACCGACGCCUAUAUACGAAGUCGAAGGCUACGAAUCUUCAAGAGGUCGCGACCUUCCUCCGAUUGACCAAUGGCGCAAAUACUUCCCUCACGAUAAGGAGACAUCUACUCGCAUUUCACUAAGGAAUCCAAACACGACAGACGCGUUGGCGAAUGCUCUUGUACCCGAGGGUUCGUUGGGGAAGGUUAUCAUUGAGUCGGAUCCAGGUCCGGGACAGCUCACUCGUUCCCUUCUUAAACUUCCAAGAGAGCGGAUAAAGAAAUUGAUUGUACUUGAACCCAACAAUCUAUACCUGCAAUACAUCAAACCUCUACAAGCAAUUGAUGAUCGCGUCGUGAUUUACGAGCAGAGCGGGUACGAAUGGGGGGUUUACAACAAAUUGGAGGACGCCGGGGAACUUGAUGAUGUAUUAAAAGUUCCCUGGACUAGUGGAGUUCAUCCUCAACUCGCAUUUAUCACGCAUAUCCCGACCACCGUGUUAGGAGAACAACUCAUAGCCCAAUUGUUCCGCGGGAUACCAGACAGACAAUGGUUAUUCCAGUACGGCCGGGUACCCUUAUGUUUCAUGAUGAGUUCACGGAUGUGGAAGCGACUUGAUGCACCGAUGGGGGGCACCCAACGCUGUAAAGUGGGGGUCAUGGGCGCAGCGACUUCAGAGAUCACUGAACUCCUCCCAUACGAAGCGACGCAACCGUUCAAGGAUCACUUCCAUCCAGUGCCAUAUGCUAAAUAUGCACCGGUACCUUCUAAACACCCGGAUUCACGGCGGGUAGGGAACCCAUACCAGGUUGUUCUGACCGUUCCCAGAGAGUUUCAGGCAAUUCAACCGGGCCAUCUGGAUUACUGGGAUUACUGUUUACGCAAGAUGUUCGUUCAGAAGGCGACGCCGCUGAAGGCAUCAAUAAACUCACUUGGUCCUGGAGCGACAACUCUCCUCAAGAAGCUCACUGACCACAACCUGCCGCCCUCGGAACAAGUCGAUAUCCGGAAAUGCCCAAAUAGCUUGAAUGUUCACGAGUGGAGCCUCCUCGUUAAGGCUUUUAUGGAAUGGCCGUUUGCUCCAGAGGAUCUCGCUAUUGACACUGUCUUCUGCAAUACCAACGAGCAUCGAUAG